AUGGCUAAACAUCUGCUCGCAGUGAUUUUGGCUUUUUUCGUUUGGUUUUCCAACGCCACAGCCACAAGUGAAAAUCAAACUUUUUUAGAAAUCCAAGGAAAUUCUUCAACCCGACAAGAAAUGUUAUUCGACGAGAAAAUCCGGUGCUGCAAAAGUGGUACUACAUACCUGCCAGGAUUGGAUCAGUGCGUGCCAAAUUAUGUCUCCACUUUGUACAACGAGUCGUUUCCAAAUUAUUCGUUCGACGUGGAUUUAACGGACGGUUUGACUGAUUGCCCGGUUGGAUACGUUAGUCACAGCACGGGAGAUUUCAAACUGAACAACGGCACGAUACUGGUUAAUGGCAAACGGUUUAAACAAAAUGAAUUCUGCAUCAACAGAAUCGAAGAAGAAAAUUAUUCAACAUCCCCUGGACAUUUUGUGGCUCGUUAUUGUGUUCCUGAUCCUUGCGGUGAGUCGGGAUGCAUUCGAAAGUGUUGCCCUCCCGGCAUGGCCAUGGUCACGAAAUAUUAUCACGAUCUUUAUCCAAUUUCAAUAUGUGAACCGCAUCCUGUGCCGUUUAAUUUGUCACUAUUGCGUUAUCCGCAAAAUGAAUCAAUCGACGCCAAUUCUUUUUCCAUCCAUGGCGGACAUGGAAUAAAAUGUGGAAAUCUUCCACGAGAUCAACUUUUUAAUUUUUCGAUACGUCCCGAUGGCCAGAUUGUUCUUCAUUUAGAAGAUCAAACCGACGAGAAAACGGACCAGUAUUGCAUUGACAAUCUAGUUGACGGUGGAAACAUUAACGUGAUGGCAAUAGUGUGUUUUCCGGAGCAAGGAGAAGAUUCCAAAGGCGCGUAUUUAUUCGGAUGUUUGAAUCUUUUUGCAACGGUAUUUUUAGUCGCCACCUUAUUGGUUUAUUCAAUUUUGCCAAAAAUGCGCAACCUCCACGGCGUUAUCGUCAUGUGUUACUUGGCCUCCAUGACUGUCACGAACGUUUUUCAUGCCAUUCUGAUGCUCGUAAGAGGUAGCGAUAUGCCACCCGGUCUUUGUUCAACAUUAGCAAUUUUAUUACAUUACGCCUACAUCGCCACUUUUGCUUGGCUUAACGUCUUGUGCUUUAGAGUUUGGCGGAUGUUUAGUUCCUUCAAAUCUCCGACAAACACAUCCGUCUUGGGUAAACAGUUGUUCUAUUCCUCCGUUUACGGAUGGGGUAUUCCAUUCGUCAUCGUGGGCAUCGGACAAAUCCUCCAGCACAGCGAUGUGCCAGACGACAUCAUUAAACCAGGAUUGGCAUCAAAAUUGUAUUGCUGGUUCAAUCAUAAAGAUAGAGGACCGUUAAUCGCCUAUUUGUACGCUCCGAUGAUGGUCAUGAUUAUUGCCAACGUUUUCAUGUUCGUUUGGGCUGCGUUCAGUGUUUGCCAACAGAAAAGUGCCGAAACAUCGCAAACGACUUCUAAAAUCCAAGAAUUUAAAGUGAUCCUGAGUCUCUUCUUGUUGAUGGGCGUUCCCUGGACAACCGAAAUUAUUACUUUCAUGGCGGAUGCCAGUUUUGAAAGUGCCCUGGUCACCGACAUAUUCAACAUCAUCUCGCCACUUUUCAUUUUCAUCAUUUUAGUCUGUAGGCCGAGCGUGUGGAAAAUGUUCAAACUCAAAUUCCCGUGUUUGAACCCCUUCAUCACUGCGUGUGAAAAAAUAGUUUCACGUAUAAUCCCCAAGAAAAUUAACCGCCAUCAAUCUGCUAGUGCUAAAGACAGACUCUGCAAUUCAAACACGAAUGGUAUCAAUAAUAGUUACAAAACUUCCCAGCAAACUCUAACGUCCGAAUCGACAGACCCGAAACAAAUUAUGGAAUUACCUAGCUUUUUUGACGUGGUUUUAAAAUAAAUGUUAUUAAAAAAAAGCUUCUUUUCUAUGGAAUGCC